AUGCGGCACGGCGGUAAGACGACGAGCCGGUUGUCGAUCGCGGAUGAAAGUGAAUUUCCGUCGCUCGCGUCGGGGGCGCGAAGGAACCUGGCGAUGGCGUUGGACGGCACGGCGAGCGGGGACGGAAAGCCGAGGCGAGUGGCGCCGACGCCGGUGGAGACGAACGGAACGAACGGAGCGAGACCGCCCGUGGGGAACGGAUUUCACGCGCAAGUGACGCACUGUGCGUCGCCGAUGGGAGGUGCGCGACGAAUCGCGCCGACGAUGGUUUCGAGACCAGUGGAUGGGGAUUUGUCGUCGUCGUUUACGGCGUCGGGCGCGGCGACGCCGGCGAGCAAGCCGAGUAGUUUAUCCGCGUCGCCGUCGUCCAUGAUGAAACGCGCGGCGGCGACUGCGACGGCGCUGACGCUGGAACGAUUGUAUGUGAACGAGCCGAGACCGAUGGAGCCGAUAGAGUUGCCGACGCCCUUGGCGAUGUUGGCGACGCUGCACGCGGCGGCGCUGCGCGCGGGAUUUCCGCUCGAUCAGUCUCCGGAGCUCGCGUGGUUGUGUGCGCUCUUGGGCGCGCCCUCAGACUUGGUCGUCGAAACGAUCGAGGGUAGUGCAAAGCUCGUCAUGCGUACUGGACGCGAGGCGCAUGCGUACGCUUCAAAAGUGCUUUCGCUCGUGCCGGCGCUCGCGUGCGCGCUCGGCGAAGGCGCGCUCGAAGCGCUCGCCGAGUCCAACGUUUUAGCUUCGCACGCUAGUGCGUUACAUAGGGAAAUAGUCCGUGAGUUGGGUGCCGUGCGUGUCGCUUCGGGCGAGUGCGAGCGGGCGUAUCAAGUAGACGGUCGCGUGGGAAGCAAGCUGUAUGGAUUCGACUUGCUCGACGCUUUGGCCAAGGCGGACGAGCGACGGGGUCGCGCAAACGCCAGACCAGGUCGUGCGAUUCCACUGACGGAAAAUCAGGCGAUAGAACACAACCGUGAACGCACUCGAGAUGCGUUCUAUGCGCUCUUACGCGCGUCGGCGAGCCGAUCGGUGGGUUUAGGUCAAGAUGCGUCCAUCGCAAGCCGCGCUCGAACGCUCAUCGCGAACACGCAUCCGGCAAAUAUGCGGUGGCUUGCCGAUUUAUUCGUCGCCCGUCUGUCACAAAGCAGUGCGGUAGGCGAAGUAGACGAAGAGCUUGGAAACAGCAUCACGCCGGCGCGCUUAUCACGCCUACACGAGCGCAUAGUAGGAAGUAACGCAGCGACGCAAGCGCCGCAAGGAGGUAGGAGCGGCGCGGGCGCGCGAGUCGAUGGUAGAGGUGGCCGAGGAGGACGUGGACGUACUCUUGGUCGAGGAGGUGGAGAAAAAUCCACGAACGGAGUGACGCAGACCAACGGGUUUGGCGCUGAAGUGACGCACACGUGGCCGUCAUUUGUGUGCUUGUUCCCGCCUGCGCAACAGCCCUUCGUGCGAUUCAUCGAAACGACGGAUUCGCACAAGUUUUGCGUCGCACUUCAACGCUCGCUUGUCGCAGCGUUACAUGUUCUUGACCCGAAUGCGCACCCGAGUGAAGACGCCGCGCAGUCUCCGGCGAGUUCAUCGAACGCUGGGCAAACGGAACGCAUGUUGGCUGCUCACGCGAUGGGCUCUUUCUUGGGUUUACUCACUUUUGGAUUCGCUUCAGGCGCGACUUCUGCGCGUGUGGCGUCAAAUAAUAUGGCACUGCAAGGUAUUGAUUUGACGUCGACGCUUCGGCGAGCCGGAAGACGUGGAGAGCUCGUCGUGAGCGCGCCGUGGGUGCUCGCGUUUUUGCGCUUCCUGAUGUGGGACGCAGAUUCGCUCGAUAUCGCGCACUACGCCGAAGCACUGGCGUAUUUGCGUGCAAUCGCGGCAUCACCAUGCUUAGAUCCGUUCGCUGUAAAAGGCGACUUCAAUUCAUCGCGCAUGUGUUUGCGAUCCAUUUUAGCAAAUGGUUUGUCGGUGAAUGCGCCGAUUACGACAGUGCAAGCCUCGACUUGGACCUCCAACAACGUGAUGGGUCUACCGCCACCACCGCUCGCGGUGAUGGAUGCGUUGCCUACGACAAGCAAGGAGAUUAUGCAAUCGUACGAAGAUCCUUUAGCGAUUGACAGUUGGGGCAGGGAAUGGGUUCCAUCGGCUUCGGCGAACGCUAGCGCCACGGCGAAUUCUCAAGAAGUACCAGAUUCGCCCUCCGAGUCGGACUCGAGGAUCGAAACACAAACUGCGCCAGACUUGAGUCGUGUGGGCGUAGAUCGUCGCUACGUCGAAACUGUGUGCCCAAGCGUCGACCGUGCGGUGCGAACUUUGAAACAACGAGGUGCCAUCGCGCAAGCGCUCGUCGAAGAGAAAGAACAACUCACAAAGGAAGCACCUCGUUCUUUGAUGCACACGCCAUCGCAACCGACGAAUGUGCCUCGUCGAAUGCAAGCGCAGCCACAGCGCGUAGAACCAACUUCUGUGAGCAAGUCGACGCAAGCACAAGACUUCGGCGGCGUCUUUGAAGCCAAAAACACGCUUUCGCCAACCUUUGGCGUGACUUCGCCAAACGCGGAGAGUGCACUCGCAACAAUGCCGUCGAUGGAUUUGAAAUCUUCCUCGACUGAAAUUAAACAUGCACUGCAGCGUGCUUUCUUGCAGAACGUUCCAGGUCUGCGCCGUCUCGUCGACUUUGCCGUGGACGCCGCAACGCUCGCUGCUGUCGAUGACGCCACCGCGGCUAUCACCGCAAGCGCGGUAGAGAGCGCGCAAGAGGUUGUGAGUGCAGCGGCGACGCAGGCAGCGAUGAAGUAUGCCGAGUCGGCGAAACGAAACGGAACGUCGUUCGUUUCCCAUGCGAGUUCUGUCAUCGAAGAAGCUUGGACACCAGAGUUUGAGCGUGCAGUCGAGCGAUCUGCAAUGUCGGUGACGAGAGAUGUCAUAUCUUCUGUAGCAAGCACCGCCGCCGACGACGCGGGUGCACGCGCCGCCGCCGCGGUUGCGGCACUUUCAGGUGCCAACACGAGCCGAGGCGGAGCAGCCGCGACUGGGGGAUCAAGCGCCGCGACGAGAGCAGCGUGCGGCGUCGCCGCUGACGCGGCGGCGUUCGCGGCGGCGGAUCGGGUGCGACGAAAUUUACCUUUCGAGCUUCACGCGCGCGUGGCGAGCGACGCACGAAGGUUGUUGAAGUCAGCGCUCGGCGCGGCGAAAGAGGCCAUGAGCGCACCGGCGACUGAAGAGACAGACACUCAGAAGUCAUCCUCGCGUGAAGCCGAGUACGCGAGCGUCGCCGCUUCGGCGAUCGCAGCCGCGCUUUCUUCGGCGUCAAAGUGGCCCGCAGGCACCUUACUUGCCGAGUGUUCAUCUUUAAAGCUGCUCGCUGAUCGUAAGGCGGACGCGUUAACGCUCUCUCGCGGCAUAAAAAGUGUCAUCGAGUGCACCAGAAAAGUUCUCGAACAAGACGCCAAAUUUAUUCGCGUGCAAACGAGUCGUAAGAAGCCUUCGACGCACGUUGAAAAGCCGAUUCCCGACUCUAGACCUGGAGAGCAGCUCGCGUCGAUGUUAGCCCAGCUCGCGAGAGCGUACGUCAAGCUUCUUCUCGCGGCGCCCCAAAACGCGCUCUCGAAGACGACAAAGGCAAAGGAGGCGGAGGAAGGCUGGGGAAUAUCGCGGGACGAAGUGUGCGAAGGUCUCACCGCCACGCUCAUCGCCACGUUUACCGCAUCUGCACCGGCAUUAAACCUCGUGUCGGCCUUAGCGCCACCGGACUCACCCGAUCCUUGGAAGCGUGUGUACGACGAAAUGUUCGCCGGCGAACUCUGGCUCGCCGCGCUUCGCGAGUUCCCCGAGAGCCCGUUCGCUCAAAAGCGAAUUGAACUCAUCUUCGCCGAGGCCAUCUCAAAACUGCCGCGACGCUCCGUGUUGCGCACUGCCUUUCUCCACCUCAUUGACGACGCCGACAAGCGCGUCGGUCGACUCGGGCACGCCCUCGCGAUUCGCGGCGCGAUUCGUUUCUGCGCCGUCGUCGCCGCGAGCGCGACGCACGACGACGCCGAAGAAGUCACCGCCAUCGCCGCCUUCGCCGAAGAUCUUCGUCAGCGAUGCGAAGCCGCGGGCGAAAACAGGCUCGCUAGACGCGCCGAGGGCGCGCACCGGUCGCUCACGUCGGGAUCCGUGUACGCCAACAUCAAAUCCGUCGCGACUCCGACAAAGUCGUAG